UGAGACGUUCAGGUGCCAGUCGGACAUUGGUGUGCUGCGGCCGACUGGACCUGAGCGAGCUAUACGUAAAUACAUGUUUGUCACACAGAUCCAAAGUGUUUACAUUUAGACAGGUCGAAGUGUGUGGUGCCGAAUAUGAAGGCCUGACAAGAUGAAUCAGAACAACUGCGUGGGAGGCCUCCAGACCCCCCAUCAGAAGGGGGUCAUGAACCCAGCCUUGCGUCUAUACCAACCACUCGUGUCGUACAACUCAGGUCCGACCCCUCAACCCGCUCAGAGCAGCAACUGUCUGUCGCUCUUGGAGAAGAGGAAGAAACAACACAGCCAGCAGGCCAAUACAGGGACUUCAAUCCAGGCUCCUCAGAUCUUUCAUUCCCAGAAUGCAUCCAAUCCACCUGACGCCACUCUACCACCUCAGAUGUACAAAGGCGAACAGAUGACCCCCAUGACCCAUGUUCCUCUGACCACCACCGUCUCCAAGAACUCAGACAUUGUUCCUCAACUCCAGAAUAUCGUGUCCACGGUAAAUGUGGGCUGCAAACUGGACUUGAAGACCAUCGCGCUCAGAGCCAGGAACUGCGAGUACAACCCAAAGCGCUUUGCCGCUGUGAUCAUGAGAAUCCGAGAACCUAGGACCACAGCUCUGAUCUUCAGCUCAGGGAAGAUGGUGUGCACCGGAGCCAAGAGUGAGGAGCAGUCGAGGUUGGCGGCAAGAAAAUACGCUCGUAUCAUCCAAAAGCUUGGAUUUCCAGCCAAGUUUAUGGACUUCAAGAUACAGAACAUGGUGGGAAGCUGUGACGUGAAGUUCCCCAUCCGUCUGGAAGGUCUGGUGCUCUCGCAUCACCAGUUCUGCAGUUAUGAACCAGAACUGUUUCCUGGACUGAUUUACAAGAUGCUUAAGCCCAAAAUCGUGCUGCUCAUUUUCGUAUCAGGGAAGGUUGUACUAACAGGUGCCAAGCUCCGGGGAGAGAUCUACAAAGCCUUCGACAACAUCUACCCAAUCUUGAAAGGCUUCCGCAAGGCAGUGUAGACCUGUACGGUGUAUAUCGUUGUAUUAAUGUGAGGCCAGUCUUCACAGUGAUUUCUUAUUUUGAAUCAUAUCAGGUUACUGUGAGGCGACGCACGUUUCUCACCGUUAUUAAACUGUUAACUGGUUAGCUCAUUCUAAGUUGCUGCUAAAGAAAAAUUCAAGAGAAUAACUGCACUUUACCCUGAUGUUAAUGUACUUUGACAUCCAAAUGUUUUAACGUUCCUAUUAUAUAAUGUGCUUAGUUAUUACACUGGAGUCCACUGACAACACUGCCCCUGUAAAACAGACUUAUGUAGAUCAACACCUCACAAGAAAACAAAGACGAAUCCACCUGAACAGUGAAGACUGAUGACAGUUGGUGAAAACCCACGUCACUUUAAACAGCUCUGGCAGGCAGCAACAGACAGUCUCCAACAUGGCGCCGGACUGAAUAUUCACCAUGGUGAGGGAAGGCAACGUGCCAGGUGGUACCUCUUCAAUGGUACCUGACGAUGGCACAAUGAUGUGCCGUCCUGAAACGUGUCCAAGGCCCGUUCCUCUGGUUGGCUGAACUGCUUUAUUUACACUGUUUAGUGUUGGUAGCAACAUUAAUAUGUUCUGUCUUAAUAUAUGCUUCACAUUUACUGGUGGUGUGUUUCAAUGGAGUUCAGUUUACAUCCUUGUGUCUGCACCUGUAAAAACCCAGACAGGAGCAUCAUGUUCAUGGCCUUUGUUGUUGUGAAGCCCCAGGCACUUUACAAAUAAAUGCAUCUUUAAAUCAGCGAAGUUUAAAAUACAUGGUCAAACUGCAUAUCGGCUUGUGAGUGAAUGAGAUUAAAACCCAGGUCUGUACUUGUCAAGUUUGUAUGUCCUCCCUUCUGGGCACAAACAAAGCGGUAAAUCUUAAGAGUCUGAGGCUGGCGUGGAGGUGGGUGCCAGUGUCUAUGAGUGACCACUGCUGCAUGUCGCCCCCCACCUAUCACCUGCUGUGAAUGCUAUAGGCUCCAAUCCACCACUGCACACACAUACACACAGAAAUGGAAUAUAUUAAACACCAGACAAUGAAUCAGUCCAAAAGUUCAAAUAUUCAUUAUCCUGUUUUGGGAUCACAUGUCCAUUAAAGGUGGUUUGGGCGGUAGAUGGGUCAGUACAGACCCCCCAGCUCACAGUUGGUGAGCAACUCAUGAUGAGCAGGAACAUCUCACAAGAAGUACUGGAGAGACCUGGACCUAACCACAGGUGGUCAUAAUCUUUAUGUCUUCAGUUCUGUCGGUUUCUGAUUUGUGCAUUCCUAAAGCAAUCAUGGCUUCUUAUUGAGUGAGUGCUGAUCUGAGCUGAAGUCCUGUUUCCAGAUGAACUCUGUGCAAUACUGGUCAUCAUGGUUACAGCUGUCCGCGCAGGUGAAGACCGCCAGAGUGCCCCAGUCCACGCUGGCGCCGGUGGAGUCCACUCUCAGGCUGUUCAACAGCUGUGGCAUCACCUGCACAACAGCCGACACACCAUAUGAAACUGGUGAUUCAGAAUGGCAUGCAGCCCUCUGGAGAGCAGCCGAGAGACUCACCUGGAACUCGAAGGUCCUUCUGGCCCCACAGGUGCACGGUGGGAUGUCCUGCUCUGAGGGAAUGAGCUGUGAGGAGACCCAUAAAGGAGAACCCCCUCUGGUGUAACGCAACACCUGCACAACAGCAUAUCAUUAGAUGCCAUCUUUAAACUAUUUGACUAUUUGUCAGGCACAUUCCCAACUCAGCGAUGAAACACACCUUCACAACAAUAUGACCUGAGACAUACUGUAGCGCAGGGGUGUCCUAACCGGCCCUCAAUGGGCAGUGGUGGUGCAGGUUUUUGUUCCAACCGAUCAAGCACACGUUGUGGACACCCCUGAAGCUGAUCGAUUUCAAAAUACUUGUCUGCCCCAUCGUCCAGAAAACUAAUAUAUGGUGGGAUCAAUGGAGAAAAUAUGUUGUGAUGAAGUAGUGAAGACGGUGACCGUCACAGAUUAUCUCACCCAAACCUUCAUCAAAGAUAUCAACCUUUAUAAAAGUCUCAUUCCU